AGACCCCAGUUUAAAGCCUCAUCCGAAAGCCUGGCAAAUGGGGAACAAUGAAAAAGCAUUCUUUAAUUUAAUUUCAGACGGAGCUGGGCUUUAAACCCUGGAAAUCAUGAUUUUGAAACCUCUGGACCACUGCAACCCCCUUUCCAACAAGACCAUGAUUAUCAGUCCAUAUGGAAAAUCAGGCAAAGUUCUGCAAGAGCCGUCGGGCAACACAUGUACACAGCUUUCAACUGGUGAUAAUGCAGUAAGGCAGAUGGCAACAACAACUGAGGCAUUGCUGCAGUUUCACAGACCUAUAUUGCCAGCCAUUUCAGAACAACCAAACAUCCCAAAUGUUAUUACAGAAACAUCCGACAAGCAAACGAAAGCAAGAAAGUCGCUGUUCUCCCCUGUCUCUGGACAAGCAACUGAUAAAAAAGGACCCAAAGUAGAGAGUUUCCAGGAUUUUAAAGUUCACCCUGUAUCACAGAAAGAAAUAACCAUUGGUGAUAACAGUAUACUAUGAAAGUGGAAAGAGGACAGUUGUCAUUGAAAACAAAGACCAUAUAAAAAUGUGUAAAGUCAUAUUCUACCAAAAAAAUGUUGAAAAGGGACUUAUGGAGAUUUUAGAAACAACCAGCAAAGAUCAAUUUGCUGCUUAUGCUGCAAAGAUAGUAAAGAAUGAAUGUGAAACUAUUUGUAAACGGCACUCGGACUUCGCAUUGACUGAUAAAACUUAUGAAGGGAUAAUGGAAUUCUCCUGGGACCACUUAUACCAAGACCUAUUACUUGGAGCUCCAAACACUUUACGCAUUGUGUCAUCCAUGGUAACCAGUAGCAUCCCAAUGCCAGUACCAAGCAAGGAAUUUCACCAUGCCCUUUUUGCAAUAGGUAUAAUAUUACAUGGACGAAACAGGGAAGCAACUACAUUGCAGUAUCUGAAUGGAAUGGUACUUCUUCAUGGAGGGUGUACACAUCAGGACAUGAAACGCUUGGCUAAGUUAGGUGUAUGUGUCUUUCCUGAGACAGUCAGAAAUAAACUGCAGUCCUGGCAAAGUAAUCUUGAUGAAAAACUGUUAGAAGUGAAGGAAAAAUGGUGCAAGGGUGACAGUAUGACAUAUCAACUUGUUGGCGAUAACUGGGAUAAAAAUAUAGUACCCUCUUACAGGACUUCUAAAAAUUCAACACAGUCAAUACAUCUUUUUAACGUUAUUGGCGUCAUUGACCGGAUUGUAAUAAAGAAGGAAGAAGGCACUCCUGUUAGGACAGUGGACAGCAUGACAGCCGUUGACUUUAUACCAUCUGAAGGGGACAUUGACAGUCUACAAAAAGAACUAACGUUCCUUGUGGCCAGAUCUGUUAUCCAAAAUAUUAAACAAAUGGAAGAUUUGUUUGGGAAAAUUUACCCUGGCCAUCUGGAGCAUAUCCACAGUAAUGAAGCUGGAAUGAAAACUUCGCAGUAUUCUCUUGGUCUUUUUGAUUGUGAUGAAAAGAAAACAGCAGAUGUCAUAAGGUUGUUGCAAAACUUGACAGAGAAAUACGUUCCCAAGAAGGAUGGGGAGAUUGUUGAAGAAGUUUUUUUUGGAGGAGACAGACUGACUGAUGAAAAAAUUCAGGUUGCUCAGCAAGCAAUGAGAAAUGCUGACAGUGGCUUAGAGAGGCAAUCCACAGGCUGUCAUACAAUACACAGUCUUCCAGAGAUAGGGGAACUGUACAUUAUUACAGAAACUUACUGAAUGCGCGAAAUGUCAAGGGCGAAGUAAAAAACUCUUACCGGGCAUAUAAGCAGCUAUAUUACACAUUGUUUGAUGCCAUUUGCUGUGUGCUGUUCCUUAAGAAAUUUGAAUUGGAUAGCUGUGAUUCAACUAUUCCAGUACCACAAGGCAUAAAAGAUUGGGAAGCAGAUCAACAGUUACAAUGGCUAAAUGACAAGUGUGGUGAAAUUGUAAAAGAGAUUUUUCCUCAUGAUUUAUUUGCAGAAUUGCAGAAUGUGCUCGCAGAUCCUGAUCACGAGGAAAAUUACUGGGUUAAUUCUAUUGAAAAUGACAAUUUCAAGUGCCACUUCUGUAAUUCAAGUUUUCCGUCUAACAGCUCUUCACCAAAACUUAAACAGUGCUGUUGAUAUGGGUGAUGGCUACAGAGUAGUAAGGAGUGCCAAAUUUGAAACGCCUAUAUACAACAGGACCAACAAAGUUAAAUAUUUGAUAGGAAGUGUACAUCUUACAGCACUUGUGUCUGGCACAUUACCGGCUCACCAAUCAAAGCGCUUAAUUGCAAACAGAUUCAUCAAUAUUUCAGGUGGGAAGAACAAUAAUUUGUCUUUGGAUGAAUUUGUUGAAAUUUUAAACAGAGACACCAAAAAUGCAACACAUGGCUUUCAAACAAAAGACAGUAUUGUGCAACAUUCAAAAGAAUUUCCCCAUCUUGUUCAUGCAGUUAAACAUUUUGAUGCUAUGUGUGAAGUAAAAAAAAGAAAAGGGUUUCACAAACUUCCUUCAUACAAGGAGGAUGUCAAAAAGGUUUUGAUAGAUUUGCUGUCUAUUAAUGGUUUAGAAGUUCGUCCUGGCCGCACACUUCAUUGCCGUAAAAUUGUGCAAAAAAGCAGCAAUCCUUUCAGUGACUGUUUUGUUGGUUUGCCAGUAAUGAUUGCCAGACACAAGCCAGAAUUGCCAUUCAGACGUUUGCGGAAUAAGAACAUGUAAUCUUUCCAAUGUCUUUUCGUUUUGUGUUUUGAAGUACAACUGUACAUGUAAACAAGGGUGCAAUAGCAACAAAAUACGCCUGUUUGUAGUAAAUAUAUUCAAUCAAAUAUAUACCUGUUAAAA